CACAGAUUGUCUAAAGCCACAGAGAAAAUGGUGGAAAAUUCACCGGCGCCAUUGCCAGAAAGAGCGAUUUAUGGCUUUGUUCUUUUCUUAAGCUCCCAAUUUGGCUUCAUACUGUAUCUUGUAUGGGCUUUUAUUCCUGAGUCUUGGCUACACUCCUUAGGCUUAACCUACUGGCCACAAAAGACUUUGCUCAUGAGCUUUAAGACACUGCUCAGUACUCACCAAAAUAACUAUGCGAAAAAUCAGCAGCAGAAGAAAUACCAAGAAGCAGCGAUUCCAGCAUUAAGAGAUAUUCCUAUUAGUGAAGUCAAUCAAAUGUUCUUUCUCGCAGCCAAAAACCUUUACACCAAAAGCUGA